GUCAUGUGCACAUAGCUUAUGACUGAGAAAAAGUUGUGCUUGCUACAUGCAGCAAAAACUUUAUUUCAUUUCUCACAGUUGAUAUGCGGUGGUACUUUUUUGUUUAGCAUUCCCAAGCGGAGUUUUCCCCCUCUUUGCCGUGGCUGAUGUUGGCCGGAGCGCUGUGGCAGAGACAUGGAGGCUACAACUACAGUAACAUGAAGACUCACACCCAACUCCACGUGUCCACUCCUGUCAGACAGAGCUUGGCACUUACCAAGGUGGCAGGGACAUCUAUUUACCUCAAACUGGACUCAGCUCAGCCCACAGGCUCAUUCAAAAUAAGGGGCAUCGGUCAUCUAUGCAAGACAUGGGCAGAAAAAGGAUGUCAGCAGUUUGUGUGCUGCUCUGGAGGUAAUGCUGGUAUGGCAGCAGCUUAUUCUGCACGUCAGCUCGGGAUCCCUGCCACUAUUGUAGUUCCCAGUGUCACCCCAAAUGCGACAGUCGAGCGGCUAAAGGACGAAGGGGCCAAUGUUAUCAUUCAUGGAAAAGCUCUAAAUGAAAGCAUUGAUUAUGGGCAGCAGCUAGUCACCAAUAACCCUGGAUGGAUUUUCAUCUCUCCUUUUGAUGAUCCACUCAUUUGGGAAGGCCACACGUCUCUGGUUAAAGAACUGGAGCAGGACCUGAGAGAGAAGCCUGGGGCGGUGGUCCUGUCGGUGGGUGGGGGAGGCCUGCUGAACGGGGUGGUGGAGGGACUGCGGAGAGCCGGUUGGGACGAUGUGCCUAUCGUUGCCAUGGAAACCAUCGGAGCCCACAGCCUCAAUGCAGCCAUGAAGGCAGGAGAGCUUGUGACUUUACCUGAAAUAACCAGUGUGGCUACAACACUGGGCUUGACCAGAGUUUCCAAACAAACUAUGAAAUUAGUAAAGGAGCACACAGUGGUUUCACAAAUAGUCACAGACCAUGAGGCUGUCAAAGCUGUUGAGCGCUUUCUGGAUGAUGAGAAGAUCUUGGUAGAGCCAGCCUGCGGUGCUGCUCUGGCAGCUGUGUACAGUGACAUAAUUAAAAAGCUGCAGGAUGAGGACAAGCUGGCAAAGCAGUUAGGUCCUGUGGUCAUUGUGGUGUGUGGGGGCAACAACAUCAGCAUGGAGCAGCUCUGGGGGCUCAAAAAGCAGCUGGGCAUGGUUUAGCACCUUAGACAGGCCCCACUGGUCUCACUGUGGUGCCUUUAGCCAAUUGCCUAUUUUUUGGUCACCUUAAUCAUUCCAGAGUUAAACUCUUCAGACAGAGUGUGUAGGUGAUAAGCUGUGGAAUAUAUUUAUUCUAACUAAAUAUAUUGGAAAAACCUGCACUGACACGUUUGCAUCAUGCAAUAACAUAUAUUGUUCUGUUGAACGUGUGUAUAUUAGUGUUUUUGUAUUGUAGCUCACUGAAUUAAUAAAAAAUAAUGACAUGUCAAA